GUUGUUUAGACACGCCCAGAUAACAAGCUGAGUCUUCGAAACGUCGAGGAAGUAGCUGUAUGAGUUUACUUUCUGUCUUAAACAGUUAAAAUAAUCGACAAGCACAUACGACAAUGGAUAAACUUCGUCGUGUUCUAAGUGGUCGCGAAGAAAAUGAAGAGUUGGGGUUGACAGCACAGGUCCUGGACUCGUCCACGCUGAGCUACAGUACCCGGGUGAAGUGGUUUCUCGUCUGUUUCGCUUCAGGGGUCCUGUGCUCCAUACUCGGAUCAGCACUGCUCUUCUUGCCAAAUGGCAUCAAGCUCUUCGCUGUGUUCUACACUCUGGGGAACCUCGCUGCCCUUGCCAGCACCUGUUUCCUGAUGGGGCCUUUGAAACAGCUGAAGCGCAUGUUUGAGCCCACCAGACUCAUCGCCACCUGUGUCAUGCUGCUCUGUCUGAUUUUGACACUGUGCGCUGUUUUCUGGUGGCAUAAAAAGGGACUGGCUAUAAUCUUCUGCAUUUUACAGUUCUUGGCCAUGACAUGGUACAGCAUCUCCUACAUUCCAUUUGCAAGAGAUGCAGUCAUGAAAUGCUUCACCACCUGUUUGAGUUAAAGAGGCUUGAUUAAAGACUGGUCCCAAUACGCAAAAAGAGUAAAUAUGUAAAAUAUUGUUUUUUUAAUAUAAGGAAUUUAUCUUUUUUUCUGCCAUUUUCAAUAUACUUAAAUCAUAUUUUUUAUCAAGUGUGGCUCUUGAUAACUACAUAAAUGCAGCACUACACCAUUGUGUAAUAUGCAAACAAAUGUAAUACUCUUAUUUCUGCCUUUCUGACUUCAUUCUUUGUUCUGUGAUAUAUGUUUUUUUGGGUGCAAAUGUGUCUGAAAACAUGAUUUUCUUUUCAGCUUAACUGUCAGAUUUUAUUUUAUACUCUGUGUAUGUUGAGCAGAUGAAGUGUGCUCGGAUAGCCUUAUUCAAUCUAAUGAGUGUAUUAUUUUGAUGAGCACUGAAGUGCCUCAAUGGUUUUGUCCUAUGCUCAGGUUCUCUUUGUUUUCUACUACCAUGACUCAUGUCCAUGUUGAUCUUUGUACAAAAGAAUGAAUUUCUACACAUGUGUGAGUGUGUGUGUGUGUGUGUGUGUGUGUGCGUGUGUGCGUGUGUAUACGUGUGUGCAAUGCAUAUAUAAAUAUAAACCAACGGCUCCUCCAUUUAAUGCAACUCCGCGAGCAUUAAACACCAUCACUGAACUCCA